GAUUAAUUUUUAGUUUCCACUUUUCGCUCAAUUUUAGCUUCCGUAAAUUUUAAAUUCUACGCUCACUCAAAUCCAUUGUUGUAGUGAUUACUGAUUAGGUUGAAGUGAUCCAUAUUCGAUAAAAUAAAUUAGUAUUUGAAAACUGAAGGCGCCAAGAAUUCUCGCUUUCCAUUCUUAUACCAUUCUCAACCUGGAAAGCUGAUUUCAACGGAAUCAUGGACGAGCAACUAGGAGCUAUACUGGACGACGCCGAUCUACAUCGCGGACUUGGACUAAACGAUACGCCUCUGAUGGAAUCCAAUACCGCGGAAGAACCACCACAAAUGGAUGCACCAAAUAGCGGCGAGAAUUUGGUUUCUUUAUCUUCCCUCCCCGCAGUUGAUGAUAAACUGGGACAUUUGUGCAUUGUUCUCAGUCCACAAGUCCGAAGACAGCUGAUGCGAGGAGAGCCCUUGAUCGUGGGAACCAGUACUGCUUCUGUUGAGGCCUUUUUUCAUCGUCUUAUUUCUGUAUGCCAGAUGGGUGCUCACAUGCCAGUAAUGUUCCAAACGCUGGGCGGAGCUGUGACAGUUGCAAACAUCAAGAAGCGAAAGCACGGAAUCAUAUCGAAGCCUGCUGCUGAUCGAUACCCUAUUCCCAGAAUGGGUACCAUUGUACCUCCAACAAAAAAGGCCAAAACGUCCAGGUCAGCGGAAACUGACUCCCUCAUCCCGACAAAUUCGGCGCCUGAACGCGUACUCGAAGUGCCUGAAAUCGCCAACGCAGGAGUAGAACAGGAAUCUGACAAUGCGGCUGGAAACAAGACUUUCUCCGAAAAAAACGAAAUCCCAUUGGAAGCUAUUCGACUGUAUCUGAAGCAAAAGUGCUACUAUCCUGGAUGGAAUCCCAAUGCAAAGAGAAAUCUCAGAAAGCGGUGUAAGGAUUUCGAAUUGGAUUCGGACGGGACGCUGUUGUAUAAAACCAAAAAUGACUAUCACCUGAUAUGCGUAGAAGACCGUGCGCAACGGAUGAACCUGAUAUGGGAAUCCCAUGUAGUGGAUCACAAGCGACGGGACGGAUUACUAGCUGUUCUAAAGGAAAAAUACUACUGGAAAGGGAUGUUUCAGGAUGUCAACAAAGUGCUCGAUAGUUGCGAGGUUUGCGCAGGGCAUCGGGACGGGAAAGCUCGCAGGGAAGCAUUCGUAGAAGAAGCGAAACAGGCUGAAGACGAUGUUGUAAAUGUGGACAGUGACCCAACGUAUUCCGUGGAAAAGUUCCCCGAAACCUCUGAAGUGCAGCUCUUAGGGCAGUUUUUACCCGACGGUUUCCAGUGAUUUGCUAUCCUGCUACAGUUACUGUGCUUUGCCGACCUGGUUCGUUUACGUCUACAAUGGACGAUCGGGUAUCGACGUAAUCUGCACCAUCUUCAUUCCGAUGUAACAUCAUCGUGUUCGGCAGUUCUUCUACGGUUGUAGUUGACGUUUGCUUUGCCUGUUCUUUCUGCAUUUGUUGCCAAGGCCAACUUCCCGAUGGCUUUUUAGGCAAAGGAUCUCUUUCGGGAGGUAUCUGGGACGAUUCUGUAAGGGUCACCGAAGGCCAUAUCAUUUUCUGUACGAGUAUUUUAUACAUUAACAGUGCCAUUAAUUUCACUUAUGCGUCAAUGCGACCGCACGCAACAGAUACUGACCAUAAGCUUCGUAUUGUGCCGAUCUGGAAUAGUCCAAGGGAGAACUAACUGUGGCACGGUCAGGAUUUAGUUCAGCGCUUUCAACAGCAUGCACUCGCUUGGGUCCAAAAUCAUAAAAACUUAUGGAUUGAGGAGGUCCCUCUUCGCCUGACCGAAGAAAACCGGCAGCAAGAUGGUCGGUCACGUCACUCGUUAGGUGCUCUUUAUGGUCGAGAGCCGGGUGUUGGCGAAUAGGCGGUGACGUAUGCAAGAUUCCUGGUUCUAAACCGAAUCAGUUGAAAAGCGGAAAAUUAUUUAUUCUGAGUCAGUUUCAAUAAUUUUUUGGUAAGUCUAUUUCCCCUUAUGGGCACUGACCACCAGCAUGCCAAACAGACUAACCUGAUGUGCCGAUAUCGACAUCUUCCGAAGCUGUAUCGAAUCGCAUGUCCCCAUCGGAUGAAACUUUGAGCAAUGGAUUAUACGUUUCCGGUUCAACUGUCUUAUCCGGACGCUCCAGCUCCGCCUUCUCCUUUUCAAUCUGCAAUUCCUUCCAGGGCCACGUUCCCGAAGGCGAUUUCGGUAAGCGAAAAUCUUUGUCUUGAAAAUUCUUAUCGUCGGCAUCUUUGACCUCU